AUGACGAAGGGCAAGGGGCGCAACCCCGGCGUGGGCAACUUGGACAAGCACAUCAAGCGUACCACACACAAGGAGCGCUCGCAGCCUGCCGCGCGCAAGCAUCUCGGCCCGCUUGAGAAGCGAAAGGACCAUGUUGUGCGCGCGCGCAAGCGGAAGACGAAGGUGCAGCGGCUGUUGCAGCUGAAGCGGGCAGCGGCGCAGCGGAACCCCGAUGAGUUUCACCUCGGUAUGACGAAGGCCGUUCUCGACAUCGCGUCGGGCAAAAUGAAGCGGCGGCCAGCCGCAAAGGAGGAGAAACUGCACGUGACACAGAAGACGCUGCAACACAACUCGCGCAACGUCCAGUAUCUGCAGUACAAAGCGCAGGCCGACGUGAGCCGCGCCAAGGAGCUGCUCGAGGAAGACGCCUCGACGGCCAUCACAUCUGCGCCACCGCGGAACAAACACAUUGUGUUUGUGGACAGCGAGGAGGAGUUUCGCCGCUUCAACCCGAUCAAACACUUCGAUGCCACGCCGGAGAUGCUGAAACAGCACCCAGCAGUGCGCGGGACGCUCUCCAUUCUGCGCGAUACCGUUCUGCCAGAAAACGUGCUUCUGACCGGCCCGCGCAUGUUGUCGGCGUCGCAGCGGCGACGAGAGCGUCGCGAAAUGCAGGAGAAGCUGCGCAAAAGCGAUGCCACAGAUGCGAAGGAGCGUGCCGCCCUUGUGGAGAGGCUGCGUGCCAAAAAGGACAUGAAGAAGUAUCGGUUCUCUUCCCUCGUGGAGGAAGCAGCAGCAGCGGCGGCAGCAGCAUCGGGCGGCAACAACAAUGGUGGUAAUGCGGACGUCGAAGAGCCGCGGGAUGAUGUGGACAACGUGCUGGAGAUGCGGCGGGAAAAGGAGCGGCAGGAUGCAACGCUGGCAGCGCGCCGCAUGAAGGAGGUCCAGCAGCGCAUGGCACGCAGCAAGAGCCUCAGCGCAUUGGCGAAGACAAUAAAACGGCAAAACGAGGGCCUCAAACGGAACCUGCAGCAGCGUCGCGAGUCGCGUUUUAAGCCGAACACCGUACGACGAGCCCGAUAA